GAGAGUGCUCCCCCCAAACAAGAGAUAAAGUAUCUAUCUGUGCAAAAAGGACCGUAAGCGCCUUAUUAAGUGUUGUUUUAGACGUCAAACGGUAAAGAAUAAAACUCUGCAAAUUCGUGAGUCGGUAAUUGGGUUUUUUUUUUUGGAAAAUUUCAAUAAAAAUUGCCAGGAAAAUGUGAAAAUUAUUUAGAAAAUACAAAAUGUGUCAAAUGGCGUAAAGGAAAAUGUAAAAAAAAUUGCCAAAAAAUCGCAUCAAAAACAAGUGUAAAACAAGAAGAAGUUGCUGCAAGUGUUGGUUUGUGUGUCGGCCUGUGUGUGCUCGUCGUUCAUUCGGUCGUGCCGUGUGUUUGUGUGUGUGUGUCCGUGUGUUGUGCAAGGCGAACAAGGAAGCAAGUAGCCAAAAAAAUGUAGCAUUUCUCCGGGGGUUGGGGGGAAGUGACUGGAUGUUAAGCAAAAUAAGAGUAGCGAAUCGGAUGGAUGGACGGGCGGUUUAUAAAAAUACCAACACCGGAAUGUGAGAUGGUGAUGUGCGGUAGAGGAGGAAUUCGAUGAUGAUGUGCGGGUACAUUGUGGUGCGGUAAAAGCAACAACAAAAGAAAAAAGUGUAACACACAAAAUUUACAAGAUAUGUUGUACGUACAAUGUACUUAUCCCAGUUGGUGUUGUUUUUGUGGUUGUUGGUGGUAAUGUGAAUGAAUUGAAGAAGUAGAAGUAGAAGCGGAAAAAAUAAAGAUGCUCAAACAACAACAACAACGAAAAGAGGAAAUACUGCUGACAAUGUUGUUGUACGUGUCCAAGCAACGAAUGGAUGAUGCUGCUGGUCGUGUUUUUGCAAUUCGAGAAAAAUAAUAAUAAUAACAAUAACAAAUAAGAAAAAAAAAAACAACAAACGAAUAUCAAUAACAAUUCCCUUAGGGGGAACCUAUUCAGAUUCUUUGCAAAUAUUUAUUUCCGAGAUUUUUAGUCGCCUGGCAUCUGAUGCCCUUUGCCACCCCUCGUUCGUUUGUGUGUUAUUUGCAUUCGCCCAAUACCCAUCGGAAUUAUCAUGGAAUUAUCGGAAAAUUCUUUUGAUUUUAUUGCUCGGGCAUAAAUUCAAAAUUUAUAGUUCGCCAUGAAAGAGAAUCACAAUAAAACAUAAAUAUAAUAGCAGCAGCAACAACAACAGCAACAAAAAUCUACUCGACAAAAUAUUAACAACAGAUUUUUGGCUUUAUGAAAUAAUGAAAAAUCACAUCAAAAUAGCUCUACAUCAUCUGAGAAUAGCAACAGCAGCAACAACAGCAGCCGUGGCACCACAUUUGUGUAACAAUAAAAAGCUACAAUAAAAUCCAAAUCAUUUCCCUUUUUUCCAGUGAAAUCAAAUGCAAACGUGAAAAAGCAAAUCGAAAUUAUUGUUGUUGUUCUUCUUCAUCUGAGAAUCUGUAACUGUGUAUCUUGUUGUUCUCCAGCAUUCGCAGGCAGUCAGCAAAUUAUCAUUGUUCUCAACAACGACAACUUCAUUAUUAUUAUCUCUCUCUCUCUCAUCAUUAUCGGCAAAUGAAACCAAGUGGCGCGCGUAAUUUUAGUGGAGAGAAAAAAAAAAAACAAAAAGAAAACAACAACGACAAGCCAUCAAGAGAGUGAAACAAAUAAUAACACAGGGUGAGAGAGAGUGAGAAAUUUACAAUAGAGAACCAUAGAGAUUGUCAAUUUGCUGGUCAUCGAAUUACAUGGAGAGAUUUUUCCUAAAUCCCAAAGGACUAAUAGUGACAGAGCGGCAAACGAAACGACGACGUUGAAAAGCAAUGUCUCCUAAAAAAUAGCCACAAACGAAAUCCCAUUAAAUUUACAACGAAGGACCAUUUAAUAAAACCAAAAAAAAUACUGCCCACAUGUUUCGGCCAUUAAAACGUAGCGAAACUGAAUUUAAAACAAGGCAUUUAAACCAGAAAGCAACAAUAAAACUCUGGCAGCAACAAUAAAAGCAAAACACAAGGAUACUCGCAAUACCUACAAAAACAAAAACAUAACCAUUUUAGCAAACGAAGAAGAAAGUGGACUCCCGCUCCUCCCAUUUCCGCCAACAAAAACAAAAUAACAAACACAACGACACAAAAAUGCAUCGCAAAACAAAUCUAAGAAGAUAUCGUUUCCUGAUCACGUAUCUGCUAAUAUGCGCGUGGUGGUGUUGUUGUUGUGUCAACAGUUUGCCAGCAAAGGAUUCGCCACUGCUGUUGGCCGACAACGAGGAGGAUGUUUUUAGUAAAUUUGAAGAUAUCAGUGAUGAACUGAUUGAUGGUGGGGAAGAGCACGAUAUGCUGCGGGGCAAAACGGGUGAUAAUGGGGGUAAAUAUUCCCAUUGGAAUAAACUGGUGGAUGUGGAUGCAUCCUAUCCCGAUAGCAGUGAUGUUUUUAGCCAAGGCAAGGCGGCAUUGGCUCCCGUGUUCCAUGAAGAGUCCCUGGGCGGUGGAGUAUUGGGACACUCAGGAGAGGCAUCCUCGUCCUCCUCAUCGUCCUCGGCAAGUAAUGUCAAUAAAAGUGUGAUAGCUGCCGGUACCCUGGAUGAAUUUGUAACAGGCAAACUGGGUGCCUCCGAGACGGGGGUGACGUUGCCCUAUUUCCUCACUGAACCGGAAAGCGUUUAUGUGGUUAAAAAUCGUCCAGCCAUAUUGAAAUGCAAAGCAGCACAUGCCCUGCAGCUGCAUUUUAAAUGUAGCGGCAGCUCACAACCCCCGCCCUCAACGCACGACAAGCACGUGGAUCCGCAUACGGGGGUGCAUCUGGAGGAAGUGACUGCAACCAUACACCGUGACCUGGUGGAUGAAUACUUUGGCAAGGGGCCAUUCAAGUGUGAGUGCCAUGCCUGGUCGUCGAGGGGUGUUGUAAAAAGUCAGGCGGCCACCGUGAACAUAGCAUAUAUGCGCAAGCAAUUUGUCACAUCACCCACCUCAUUGCGUGUGGAGGUGGGCACUCGUGCCGAAUUGUAUUGUGAACCGCCGAGCGGCUUUCCGGAACCCACUGUCAGUUGGUAUAAAAAUAAUGUGCCCAUAACGGAAAACAAGGACAUUGGACCCACAGUCUCGGCGACGGGCACAUUGACCUUUCGUCAAGUUACACUGCAGGACAUGGCCAACUAUACCUGUGUAGCCGAGAAUAUUGCCGGUAAACGUAACUCAGAUUCGGCGGUACUAAUUGUUUAUGUUAAUGGCGGUUGGAGUUCCUGGAGUUCAUGGCGUGACUGCAAAUGCCCCGGAAAACCGGCCCAGGGUCGCAAACGUACUCGUAUGUGCAAUAAUCCUCUACCCAUGAAUGGCGGUGCCGAGUGUUCGGGACCCCAGAUACAAAAAUCAGCCGAUUGCAUACCCUGCCCAGAUGAGACACAGAUUGUCAAUACCGAAGGUUUUGAUGUGGCACCAGCUGUGAAGAGAGCGGGACGUUGGUCGACCUGGAGUGAAUGGAGUUCAUGCUCUUCGGAAUGCAUACAAAUAAGACGUAGGAAAUGUCUUCCAGUUGGCGGCAAUAUAUUGUUGAAUGAUGAUGACGACGACGAUGAGGAUGAUGAUGACGAGGACGAUGAUGAUGUGGUUGUGGGUGCAACGGGCCUGGGCCUGAAGCUGGGCGGUCUAAGCACAACUGCUCUUGGCAAUAGUGGCGGAAGCAGCUCCAGUUCGAGUGCCCUAGGCCCGAGCGCCAAAGCCCAAUGUAGCGGAAAGGAUAUACAGACGGCUGAAUGUCGUGGGGAGUUCUGUCAAAUAGGCAAAGAUGAUUUCGAUUGGACCCUGUACUUGGGUUUGGCCUUCAUCACGGCCGUGUUCUUUGCCUUUGGUGCCGCCCUAAUAUGCUGUGCCCGCAAGGGGAUACGAGUCAAUCAACACUAUAAUAUGACCAGAACGGUUAUGGAUCCUAAAUAUUUACCUGAUAUUAGCAAAAAAGAUAUGCGCAUGCACAUCGAAACCGCCAACGAUAAUUAUGAUUAUGCCAGUCCGGGACAUCGUUUCCUGCCGCCCAGCCAUCAUGGUGGCUGCUCCAUAUCCGAACAUCAUUAUGAUGUACCAAAUCUGUCGGCCAACUAUGUUAAUCCCAUCGACGACCUUAGUGUGGACUAUUUGACCGAUACGCCAGAUACUUCAACUGUUGAUACCUCCAAUUCAACGUACGAAGUCAAUGCCAAAAUCGGUGGCAGUGCAACCGGAGCCGUGUCGGCUGCCUCAAAAUGUUCCACCUAUGAUCAGCUGAACUGUAGCGGAGGUUCCUUGAAUCUCUAUAAUGGUGAAAUCAUGCUCUACAUUCCCGAACACUCGAUUGGCAAGAGUAUGCGUAAACAUGUCUCGCUGAUGUUGGUCAGUGAUGAAACAUCACGCGUCUCCAUACCCAAUUCAGAUGCCCUGCUUGUAUGCAGUACAAUUGUGCAUUGUUCACCACGUAAUUAUACCUUCCUGAAACCGGUCAUAUUGAAAAUUCCCCAUUGCCUGGUCGAGCCAAAUAUGUGGAAUGUUUUCAUUUAUUAUGCCGACAAUGACCAGGAUGAUUUAAGUGUCAAUUGGCGACGCAUCAUUGCAGUGGGCGAGGAAACCAUUAACACCCCAGUUUUUGUACAAUUGGAAGCGGAACAUGUGUACAUUAUGACCGAACAACUGGGACGUUUUGUGGUGGUGGCCGAACCGAAAAUACCCACAGCUGCGGUGCAGAAUUGCUUGAAAAUGCGCCUGAUUGCAUUUAGUCAAUUUACUCCCUCGAGUACGAAUUGUUCGUUGAGGAUAUAUAUAGUCAAGGAUUUCCCCAAUAGUCGGGACAUUUGCUCAAGUAUUGAAUCGAAACUGGGUGGCUCAUUUAUGGGCGAAAGUGAGGCAUUUGCCUUCUAUUUGAAUAGCAGUGAUAUGAAUAUACGUCUGCGUAGCUCCGAUGCCGAUAUGUGGGACACGGAGCAUGAGGUGGAUCUGCAUGAACAGAUUAUACCCUAUAAUCAUAUAUUGUCCAACAACUCAGUGCUGCACUGUGAAUUCAUGAUUAAACGUAACGAACAGUUGUACUCGUCAAAUGAACUAACUGUCGAUUUUGCUCAAUGUAGUGAUAGUCAUCAUUUAUACUCUGAAGUGCAUUCCUUUAGUAUUAGUCGACCGCAAAUGCCGCAACCUCAAUUGCCGGGUCAGCAGCAGACAUUGUCGUCACACACCAACUCGCAUCACUCACAACACUCGUCGCUGGAACGUCAAAGUACCGUUACCAUGGAUCCGCACGGCAACUAUGUCAAUGAGGCCUCAAUGCCACUGACCACUGUGCAUUUGCCACGCGAUACAAAACGGCGGAUUUGUACUGCCCUCGAUCCGCCACGAGAAGAUGAACGAGAUUGGCGUUUGUUGGCCAAGAAACUAAACACCGAUCGUUAUAUAGCCUAUUUUGCAACAAAACCCUCACCCACGGAACAGAUACUCAAUCUGUGGGAAUGUCGGGCAACACAAAACUCCCAUGCCUCUCAUACCAUUGUGGAGCUACUGAUGGUUCUGAAGGAAAUGGAAAGGCAAGAUGUUUUAGAUAUAAUUACCGAAACUAUUGGUUCCCUGUGGAUCUAAAUGAUGUAAUGAUAGACGUAACAUAAGUCGUUGUAUUACAAUUUAUAAUUAAUUAAUAUUAUUAUUAUAAUUCUCAUUAUUAUUAUUAUAAUUAUUAUUUUUAUUUGUAUUAAUUUGUUAAAACUGUUUUUUACUAAAGAUGCCUUUUCUUGAAGAGAACAAAAUUUUGAUAUGUGUAUUGAACAAAAACAAAAACGAAAAGUAACAGAGAAAAUAAUUGUAUAGUAAAGUAACCUCUCAAUAUUACAUGAAAUUAUAUAAGAGAAUUUGUAUGUAGUUAUGUAGUAUAUACUUAGUUGUAAGAAAAAACAAACAUUUUUUCGGUAUUAUAAUGUAGAAUAUGUUUAGAAGGAUAGAUGCGAAGGCAAGGGGAAAGGAUGAAUUAAUUUUGGAAUAGUGAUUGAACGUAAAGUUGUUAGAUAGUACACUAAAGAAGAUUGAUUGCCAUUCCGAUUGUAAUUCAUCUAGUCCAUUUUUCUAGACCCCAAAAACAACAUAUGUUCUUAGCUAGUGAAAGGAGUUCUAAGAUUAUUAAAUAAUUCAAAUUUUUCUGUUUGUUUUUAAUACCCUACACCACACUGUGGUCAGGGUAUUAUGUCUUUGCCCAUUUGUUUGUUACAUAGAGAAGGAAGCGAAUUAGACCCAUAGUUCCUUUUGAUGAUCUGCAUAGAAUCACAUUCUGAGUCGAUUUAUUCAUGUCCGUCUGUUCAUAUAUUCUUGUAAACAAAGUAUAUGUCGAAUUUAUAGUCCGAUUGUGAUACAAUUUUGCACAAAACAUUUGUUUGGUCCAAGGACGAAUUCUAUUGAAAUUGAAGAUAAUCGGUCAAAAUUUAGAUCUUCGCCCGAUUCGCCUUUUAUUGUGCACCAAAUAUGUAAUAUUAGUCUAAAGUGCAUGGAAUUUGGUACAUAUAACCAAAUUGAAACUUGAAACAAGUGUGUCAAAUUUUGUGGAAAUCGGUUUAGAUAUAGCUAUAGCUCCAAUAUAUAUUCUCCAUCCGAUUUUUUUAAAUUUCUCCUGUUCUGCCUAACAUGCACUCUGCAACAAUCAUACUUGUGAGAACUAUAUUAAAUACAUCUCAGAAAUACUUUUGCCAAAUUUUAUCGAGAUCGGUUCACAUUUAGAUAUAGCCCCCAUAUAUGUCUUCAACCGAUUUCGGGUUAAUUGAGCACCAAAUGGCCAAUAUCAGCCCAAAUGCACUGAAUUUUGGCCAUUCUGACUGAAUUCAUCCUAGAAGCAAUUGCAUCAAAUUUGGAGAAAAUAGAUUCAGAUAUAGCUAUAGCUCCCAUAUAUAUGUGUCAUACGGUUUGGGGUUUUAACUCCCUCACAUGUGUAAUAUGCACUUCACAAGAAUGAUAUUUGCUACAAGAUAACUUAUUUAGCUCAGAAAUACCUCUGUAAAAUUGUAUCGAGAUCAGAUCCCAAGUAUAUCUUUGUCCGAUUUCAGUUUUUUUAUUCACCAAAUGGCCAGUAUCAGUCCAAAUGGACAGAAUUUUGCAAAUUCCGACUGAAUUCUUCCUAAAAACAAGGACUUCAAAUUUGGAGAAAAUCGGUUCAGAUAUAGCUAUAGCUCCCAUAUAUAUGUGUUAUCCGAUUUGGGGUUUUAAGUCCCUCACAUGGGUAAUAUGCCCUCCACAAGAAUGAUAUCUGGUACCACAUAUCAGAUACAACACCAAAAAAAGUGUUUAAAAUUUUGUCAAGAUCGGUUCAGAUUUGGAUAUAGCUCCCAUAUAUAUUUUUAUCCGAUAUCAGGUUUAUGUACACCAAAUAGCUAAUAUCAGCCAAAAUGCACUGAAUUUUGGCACUUCUGACUGGAUUCAUCCUAGAAACAAGUACUUCUAAUGUGGUGGAAAUCGGUUCAGAUAUAGCUAUAGCUCCCAUAUAUAUGUUUUAUCAGAUUUGGUGUUAAAGUCCCUCACAUGCGUAAUAUGCACUCCACAACAAUAAUCUUUGGUACCACAUAUCAGAUACAGUUCAGAAAUAAAUGUUUUAAAAUUUGUCAAGAUCGGUUCAGAUUUGGAUGUAGCUCUCAUACAUAUAGGAAUAGUGCUAGUAGAGUUCUUAAAGUUAAAAUUCCGGCCAGAUUGACUCUGAAAAUUAACUCCCAUUUUGCGCCCAAUUUUCGUGGUUUCCUCUCAGUAAAACUUGUUCUCAAUGAAGAAGAAGUCUGGUUACUUCACACUUUCUUUCCCACUGUACUACCCAUGAUGGGGAAUUGCACCGGUACCACAAAACAAUUCACACGAUUAUUUCCAAACAAUUUCGAAUUUGAGUGAGAAUGACCUGAGUAUUUUAAGAGUAGCUUGACUGUCUAGAUAGUUAUAUAGAAGAUCCAAUGAAGAUUUCUCAGCUGAAAAAAGAAGCCUUGCAAAAUAUCUUAAAAAAUGGUUAUCAAAGGGUCAAGACCUAUAAAUGGUCAUCAAUUAUAAGAAAUCGAACACCUUCAACACGUCCUCCAGAGUUAGAUCUACUUGUAAAAAUAGAAGGCCUUCUACUAGCUUUGUAAAUAGAAUAAAGUCUGAUGACUUCAGACAAUUCACUUUCAGACCUAACUGAGUAUUUUAAGGGUAGCUUGACUGUCUAGAUAGUUAUAUAGAAGAUCUAAUCAAGAUCUCUCCGUUUUAAAUAAGAAACCUUGCAAAAUAUCUGAAAAAAGAGUUAUCAAAGGGUCAUGACAUAUAUAUGGUCAUAAAUUUUAGAAGACCGAAGAGCAAAGACCUUCGACAUGUCUUCUAGAGUUAGAGCUACUUUCAAAGAUAGAAUGCUAUAUACUGGCUUUGUAAAUAGAAUGACAUCUGAUGACUUCAGGCAAAUCCUCUUUCAGACCUAGAUCAUGCAAAAUCAGCGUCUCUUACAAAAUUUUUUUAUUACCCAUGAUUUUAAUUUGAUCCGGUAACCCAAAAUUUAAAUGGCUUUAUUUAUCAAAAAAUUUUGCAUUUCAGAUAAACUUUUGUCUAGAAAUAAGAUUUUCACAAUGUUUCAAAUUUAGAAGAAUUAUAUACAUAUGUGUCAGAAGAUAAAUAAAUAUUGAUAAAUAGUACACCUUUAAGG